UAAGAUCCAAGAUAAUAUAGUGAACAGAGAAAAGGAAGUUGUGUCUACUUCGCUCCUGCUCUUGAGGGAGUAGAGGAUCUAACCAGUGAAAAGCAGGAAAGUCAGACUCUGUGAGGAAUGGGACAACUUGCUUGGCUGUGGCUUCUGCCACUUGCAUCCACCAUCUCUGGAAAAGCUGUCCUGGAUCUGACGGGCACCCAGGAGACUCAGGGCACCUGGAGAGCUUCGGUCACUUUGCCAUGUGUGUACAAGCCAUCUCCCGACUUCCAGGAGCAAAGCGUCAUUUGGAGGCAGCCAGAUCAUAAUGCUCGGUCCAUCUUUCACAGGGAUAAGAGCUCUGGGGAUCAGACACUCUUGACAUCUUACAAAAACAGACUCACGGUUCCAAAACAACCCCCGGGAGAUGUCUCCCUCCAAAUCGAGGAGCUCGAAAUGACAGACAGCGGGCAAUAUACUUGUGAAGUUGCUUGGGUGGCCAAAAACAAGAGCAGGAUAAUAAAGGCAAGGACCAUCAUGCUCAGGGUCGAAAAAGUUCCAGUGACCAAGCCGGUCAUUAAGCCCAGCAGCAUGGGAUCCAUCCUGCCCAGAGGGACAAAGACCAACCUGACCUGCUUGGCCAGUGGCUCUCCACCCAUCAGAUACCGUUGGUUCAAAGAAGUGUUGGGAAGCAACGCGAAGCGUGUGGGCGAGGAAGCAGUGCUUGUGUUUGACAGGCUGCAGACAUUGGAUACAGGCAGAUACUACUGCGAAGCGGAAAACCGAGCCAGCACACAAAGCGUGGAGCAAAGUGAUUUUGUUCAGCUGAUGGUGGAAGAUUUUCCACAGUCAUCUACUUGGUGGCCUAGCAUUGAGUUCACAGCUGUAGCUGAGGCAGAAAUGACAACCACAGAAUGGAAGUUCAAAGCAAAAAGCACGGCUGGCCCCUUCAACCCCAAAAGGACCACCACUCUAAAAAAUCCAGUUUCAAAUUCAUCAUCAGCAACUCAUGAAGAGAGGGCUUCAGAAUGGCCAGGUCCUCGGCGGGCCACUCUGCCACUCUACGUCAUUAUCCUGAUUGCUGUGCUCUGUGCUGUUCUGGUCCUUGUGGUUCUAUCUGUUGUCUUUUGCAGAAGAAAGACAAAGACUGAUCUCACCUAUGAAGUAGCCUACAACAAUAAUGCCACAAACAUCACAAAUGGAGACGUCUGCCCAGCCAGCCCUGGAGGAGCCACCGGUGCAUGUGAAUGCGAGUACGAGGAACCCACCAUCCGGAUUGACAACUACACCAUCGACCCUAUGAAGGGCAAUGAAUAUGUCAUCAUGGACACCAAGACAGACAAUGAAUACGAGUCCCUCGUGAGGAAGAUGGAGUCUGAGUAUGAAGUGGUAGAUACCAAAUAAGAAGCCUGCUGUUGCCACCUCCAGCGCCGGAUGAGGAUGGAACCCCUGUGGCUGAACUUUUCAGACGCUGAUGAAGAGGACCGUGUCCUCUUUCUCUGCCCUUUCUGUGUGGGCCUGUAUUAGUGUGCUUUAUUUGAGCUGGAGGAUUGCAUUGCCCUCAACCUGGGGAGGAGCCUUAGCCGAGUGGCAGAGCUCCCGCUUUGCGUGCAAAAUAUCCCAAGUUCAACCCUGGCAUCUCCAGCAGAAAGGAUUUGGCGGCAGGGGAGAGGGAAGGCCUCUGCCUGGGCCGCUGCCAUUGGAGGAGACAUGCUGGGGUACAAGGACAAACCGUCCGACAAUACGACUUCAAAUUGUUCAUUGAAGAUAUUUCCAUCGUGUGGUCAAGAAAUCUGAAGCAAAAGCGUCUUCUACCUGCCUUGCAUAGAGAAAAGGGACCCUUCCAGCUUAGAUUCUCCAAAGGACUCUGUAGGGACAGAAACGGUGCAUGUAUCCCUAGCGCUAUUGGGAACUGCAUAUGCAAACAAGUGCUGUAUGCACCAUUCCAGAGCCCAGUCCACAGCCAUGGCUGCACCUGGACCGUGGCAGUCAGAUCCCUUGCAAUCAUGGCGCUUGCAGCCAUGCAGGUCAAUUGCCCAGGAGGACAGAGGGCUAGAGACUAGCCUGAGUCUCUCUUCCCCUUACCUGAGGAACGGCUGGUAUCCAACUGAGGCUGUGGAGGUGCAGCCACAACUCUGCAGGGGUAUGAGUGGGUUGGGGCCUCAGAGGACUGUGGGAAGGCAAGAGAGGCCAAAAUCCUGAUGUUGUUGAGCAGGGAUGGGCAACAUUUUUCCUGUUCAGAAUCAUGUUCCUCCUGGGGCAAUCUGGAGCCAAAUGCGGGUGGUGGGCAGAGGCAGAGGCGAUGAUCAGCAGAGCCAGAGACAAAAACACCAAAUUCUUUUUAUGCGAUAAAAUAGUGCCCCUUCCAAUUUGCUCUGAAACUUCAUUGAGGGAGGGGAGAAAUACUUUAAAAAGCCAGGCAAGUGAGGUGGGUAAAGAGGGGGAUGCACUGCAAGAGAUUCCUAGGAGGAGCAGAGUUGGGGUGGGGAGGCUUCUUCGGAGGGGGUCAGCCAUGCAUGCCAAAAGGGGUUUGGUUCAGUAACUCAGCGAGUCACCAAGGGUCACAAAACCAGCUUUGAUUUGCUAGUUCCCCUCAGGCACCUCGGGAGACGGCCUCUCUGCCUCACUGAUACCAUCUGUAAUGCGGAAGAUAAUCAGUCUGGCCUACCGGUGCCUGUGCUGUUUUUAUAUUUCUGUCAUUUAAAGGGGGAACUUGAGAUAUUUUAGUACUGCCUCCCCAUCUGCAAAAAGGGGCCAGUCAACCAUGUAUUUCGUAAUCCACACUUUCUUACACCUAUUUCUGCUUCAUAGGGUUGUCCCCACUCCUUGGUCUCUCCUGGCAUAAUCAGUGUCAGCAUUUACAGGUAUAAUAAACAUCCCCCCCCCACA